AUGAUGAACAACUUGAAAGAUCUUAGUGAUUUUGUUAAUCGUUUACCUAUCUCAAGUAAAACACAAAAUGAGAUAUAUGGUGCACUUGUUCAAAUGGUUCGUGGUUCAUCAUCAAUCAAUGAUACAAUUCAAGUACUCAAACAAGUUCAAGUUGUCCCCAUCAAUGAAUAUGUAUGUGAAAUAUCAUAUGACGAAGUUCGAGAAAAUAUACAAGAAAAAUUAAGUCAUUUACUUGAUGAAUGUUGGUUGAUGGUUCCUGAAGAAAACGCCGUACUAUUUCAUGAAGCAUGUCAAAAACUUCGAGAAAUUUUUAAUGAUAUAUGUAGCACUCUUUCAAAACAAGAAAAGGAAAUCAAUUAUUUGAAAAACCAAGUGGAAUCCAUGCAAACUCCACAGGAUGAAUUAUUAGUUGGUUCUGUCGCAACGCAGUUGAUUGUCAAAAUGAGUCGAUUUGGUGAUACUAAAGAACAUUCAAGCAUUGCUGCAUGUCGAACAGUGUCAAUGAUAAUGGCACAAGCACAUGUCGAACAGUUGAAGUCAUUUCUAAAUAUUAAUGGAUUUAAUUUCGAAGAAAUUUGCUUAGCAAUACAGGUGCUCAAAAGUAACCGUAAUUCUGCAACAUAUCCAACUGAUCCAUCAACAUCUUCAUUAGAUAUUAAAAAUGCUAUUGAUCGUUUAUUUCCCACAAUAUCACAUCCAAAACGAACAAUAGCUCAAAAAGCUCUUAAAGUACUUGAAAUUUUGUCCCAAGAAUUAAAAGAACCAUUGUUUCUUAAAACAGAUUAA